GACCUUACAAAUUUCUAACUGUUCUCGAAUUGCCUUCCAGUUCAGCCGAACUAGAACUAUUUAGGUUAGACUUCCCAACUGUCGAGUCAUUCCAGUGAGGCUGUGGCUGCGGCUAACAGACCUGUGAAGUCAGAGUGCAAAGUGCGCAGAUGCUGCACUUCACCACCCAGAAGACCACCCAGCCACCCCAUUCUAGAGAACCCCUCACCUUGCAAGCUAAUACCACUACUCCCUGGCUAGCCGCAGCCUCCCAUCGUUUCCAGAUCUAAGAGCGAGCGAGAGAGCAGCGGAAAGAACGCGGAGAGAGUAGGCGCACACGAAGUUCUCGACGCCUGGAAGCUGCAGCCCGAAAAUUGUCCUGUUAGAACGACAAAACUAUUGACAGGCGAAAGGUCUAAAAAUCACUCAUAGGCUGGCAGUAAAAACAGAUUAAUACCAAACUAACAGGCUAAAUGGCUCAAGUUCAGCUUAAUGGUGGCAAUGGCCAAACGCCACACAACGGGAACAAUGUCGAGGAUAACGAACCUUAUCAAAUAAGUGACGAUGACUUGGACGACUUGGAUGAUGAUUGCCUGCUGGAGGAAGCGGAGACUUCGGGAGGAGCCAAUAGCAUGGGACGUGGUCCCUACGAACGGGCAUGGACCACUGAGGCAACCAGAGCAUUGAUUCACAUACGUGGUCCCAUGGAGGGAAGCUUCACGGAGGGCAGGCAAAAACGCACAGCUCUUUGGCUGCACUGCACCCGACAACUACAGCGCUUGGGCUUUCGCUACUCCGCCGCCAAGGUACAGAAAAAGUGGCACAACAUCCUAAUUACCUACAACAAGAAUCUGAGCAAGAAAUAUGUCUCCGGUUAUGUGCACUGGGAGUUCUUCGAGGAGAUGUUCAAGUACUUGCAGGGAAAGAAGGCCGACUUUGAUAUGCAGCUACCACAGCAGCCCGCAAAUGCGCAGCAGGCCCCAACUCCUGCUAAUGGACAAAAUCCGAUCCAAGCAAUUCCCCAGCAACCCGUGCAGGUGCAACACACUCCGGUUAACAUAAAACCCGAAACACCGCAAAUGCAGCUACAAAUUCAACCCCAAGCUACGGCAAAGGAGGGUCAACCAUAUAUCACACCUGUGGACCAGGUUCUGUUGCAGGCUCAAAUGAAUCUGGACAGUAAGUCCAACGAUGAGUUCGAUGAGGACAGCAAUAGCAUGUCGGAGGUUGUGCGUCAACCGAAAAUGGAGUACGAUGGUGAUCAAAUUCCGGAGGCGGAACGCACCUGCGACAGUAACCAGAAUUUAGAGGCCAAUGGCAAGCUCUACGAUCUGGCACGACCCAUUGGAUCGGCUUCUGGCAUUUCCGAUGACAUCUGGUGGAAAGAUUAUUUCGAAAGAAAACUGGAAGUGGAGCGAGAGAAGAUGGAGCUGCAGCGGAAUUUGCAACGCGAACAGGUCCAGAUCCAGAAAAUGUCGCUGGUGCAGCAGGAGCGGAUCGAGCGAAUGAAAAUCGAUGCCAUCAAUAGCCUGACGGCCACGCUGCAGAAGCUCGUAGAGGCCAAGUGCCGUCGGGCAUAAUAUAAGUCUGUUCCUAACCCAAAACCAUACCAGUAAUUCUCGAGAACUUUAGGCUUCUAUUUGUCUGUAUCUAGUUGUGUGUGUAAAUACAAUUUCGGCCAACUAAAAA